AUGAGUAAGCAGGGUCACUAAUCCUGCCUUUCCCACACGGCUCUGAGCACAGCGGGCACUACUGGAUCCUGCACCAGCAUGGAGACCCUCGGGAAUGGAUGGCUGCCCCCCAGGCUGCUGCUGUGCUGUGCCUUCUGGGGACUCUGCCUGGCCUCUUCAGACUACGAUGAUUACUCCCAGAACAGCACCAGUGAGCAGGUAACGACACCAGCGGUCACACCGUGCCCCCGAGCCAUCCCCGGCGAAAAGGCAACCAUCAACAACAUCACCUACCUGCUGAUCCACGAGGCGACACGCUCUCAGCUGGGCAGCGUGGUCACUGUGCGGCUCAUCCCCUGCCUCUACACCCUCAUCUUCCUCCUGGGGCUGCCUUCAAAUGGGCUGGCCCUGUGGGUCCUGACCACCAGGGCUGAGAAGUUGACUUCCACUGUCUUUCUGAUGAACUUGGCUGCAGCGGACCUGCUGCUCGUGUUAGUGCUGCCCUUCAAGAUUGUCUACUAUUUCCUAGGGAACAACUGGCCCUUUGGGGAAGGCCUGUGCAGGCUCACCACAGCUUUCUUCUACGGCAACAUGUACUGCUCAGUGCUGCUGCUCACGUGCAUCAGCGUCGACCGGUACCUAGCUGUGGUGCAUCCUUUCUUUUCACGCUCUUUCCGCACCCCUGCCUUUGCUGCCUGCACCUGCACUGUUGUCUGGCUCUGUGCUGCUGUUCUCACCCUGCCCCUGACACUGCAGCAGCAGUCAUAUCCCCUGUACGGAGCAGAUAUCACUCUCUGCCACGAUGUCCUCCCCAGGCACGAGGAUGACGGGUAUUACUUCUACUACUUCAUCUGCCUGAUCGCCUGCGCUUUCCUCGCUCCGCUGGUGGUGAUGCUGUUCAGCUACUGCUCGGUGCUUCGAGCCCUCCUGCACAGCGGGAAGCGCUAUUCCUACUCUGUGAAGCUCACAGCUCUCGUGCUGUUCACUCUUGUUGCCUUCUACACACCCAGCAAUGUUCUCCUCCUUGUUCACUACUCCAGCUAUGACUUCAAGCUGUAUGGCAACCUGUAUAUCGGCUACAUGGUAAGCCUGGCCAUCAGUACCUUUAACAGCUGCGCUGAUCCCUUUGUCUACUACUAUGUUUCUGAAGAGUUCCGGGAUAAGGUGAGAAGAAGGUUCUUCAGUCACAGAAAACAAAACACCACAUCCCUAAAAACUUCCAAGGAAACACUCCCUCAGAAAAGUUCCAAGGAUUCACUGGUGUAA